AUGGAUCACGGACGCGACCCCUGCCCCUUUGUCAUUCUCAAUGACUUUGGUGGUGCAUUCUGUAUGGGCGCUAUUGGCGGUACCAUCUGGCACGGAAUCAAGGGCUUCCGCAAUUCCCCCUACGGCGAACGUCGCAUUGGUGCCAUUACAGCCAUCAAGAUGCGCGCCCCAGUCUUGGGUGGUAACUUUGGUGUCUGGGGUGGUCUAUUCUCGACAUUCGACUGCGCUGUGAAAGGCGUUCGCCAGAAGGAGGACCCUUACAAUGCUAUCAUCGCCGGAUUCUUCACUGGUGGUUCUCUUGCCAUCCGAGGUGGUUACAAGGCUGCACGAAACGGUGCCAUCGGCUGUGCUGUUCUUCUCGCCGUCAUUGAGGGUGUUGGUAUCGGCUUCUCUAAGAUGCUUGCUGGCAGCACCAAGCUAGAAGCUCCCCAGCCUCCUCCUCAAGAAGCUGUCCUGUGA